AUGGUGCUGCUGAACCCACAAAAGAUCGAUGAACAGUACAGACCGAGAUGGAAAAGCAUACCUCGUUGCAAAGAUGGCCAACAAUGGGCGCUAUCUCCAAGGUCCGCCGCGUACUGUGAAGACAUCACCCUUAUCACCAAACUGAGGAACUGCAUUACUCGAAGCAAGCCGAGCUUAUCGCCAUAUGGCCGACAGUCAAAAUAUCAAAAUGCCGAGAAAAUGUAUAAGCAAAACUUCAUCGAUCCGUGUAACCCAUCUGCAGAAUUAACGAGUGAAGGACCAUCAUCUAUAAAACUCAAAGGGCGUCGCCUGGACUAUGACUGUAAGAAACGGCAAGCCCAGAGGGAGGUGAGUGUAAUUUCCUUUCCAUUCUCUGUGAGAAAAGGCGCGAGCACCUCACUCAUAGCUGAAUCGGCUGAAGGCCGAUCUCUCCUGGGAUCGAUUAGUGCUAGCGUUUGA